AUGCUCUCCCGUCCACAGAUUGGCAUUCGAGAUCGUGCUUUCGGCUGUCCGCUUUCAUAUCUGCGGUGCCGAACUGACCCCAUCCGUUUUUUGCUGGAUGCAGAGGCUGCAAAGUGUGCAGGACGCAGUCGGCGCAGGUGUGGUUUGACCCUGCUCACCGCACUUGCCCUGCUGAGACAAAGACAUGUUCGGGUUUCGACCCGAGCUGUGAGCAAGCAGGACACCUGGAAGCGGCGGAAAAACUCUGAGCUUUACCGGGAACUGGAAGCCGACGCAGAGACAGCAGGAGAAGCACUGCAUGCAGCACCACGGCAGAAACCCGAGGUGCUUGCCCCAGCCGGCGGAUGGCCUCAAUUGCGUGCGGCCGUCCGUGCUGGCGCCGAUGCUGUCUACUUCGGUUUGGACGUGGGCCUCAACGCACGUGCGCGAGCCGCAAACUUCACCGCGGACGAACUGCCAGAAGUAAUGCGCUUCCUUCAUUCCCAUAGGGUGAAGGCCUAUGUCACACUCAACGUGCUAGUUUUCGACCAUGAGCUCUUCGACUCUGCAGAUUCAGGGCGUCCAGGCAGCGGCACAGCCAUCCAAGCACUUCAGGUGGUGGGGGACGCAAACGUCGACGCCCUCAUUGUACAAGAUGUUGGCCUGGCAUUGGCCUGUCGGGAGAUAUGUCCUCAUGUUCCAGUGCAUGCCUCAACACAAAUGUCAAUUACAUCUGCACCGGGUGCGCUGUUUGCACGAGAACUGCUGGGCACCGAGAGGGUCGUGCUGGGGCGUGAGCUGAGUAUCGACGAGAUCGCUGGCGUUUCUCGAGAUGCCGCCAAUGUUGAGGUUGAGGUAUUUGUCCACGGGGCUUUGUGCGUAUCCUACAGUGGGCAAUGCUUCUCAUCGGAAGCUUGGGGCGGGCGUUCGGCCAACCGUGGGCAAUGUGCCCAGGCCUGCAGGCUGCCAUAUGGAUUGAUAAAGGACGGCGAGCUUGUGGAUCUGGGCGAUGCUACUCGAUACUUGCUCUCCCCACAGGAUCUCAUGGCCCUGGAGUAUGUACCGGCUUUGAUCGAAGCAGGGGCAAGCUGCUUCAAGAUCGAGGGCAGACUAAAGGGGGAAGAGUAUGUGGCCCUUACGACAGCGGCGUAUCGUCAGGCCAUCGAUCGUGCUUGGGAGCCGGAGGCGGCUCCAAGCUCGUCUCCGAGGCUGGAAGGCCCCGGAGCCGAGUUGCUGGAGACCCCCGAAGUCACCCGAGCUUCCUUGGCGCAGGUCUUUGCCCGUGGCCAGGACUCCGAGAACGACGGCCUCUCACCUGGAUUCUUGGAGGGGCCCAAACACCAGCGCCUCGUAAGGGGACUGGCACCCAAGCACCGAGGCGUUCUUGUAGGCCGCGUCCGAGCAGUGCAGGCAAAGACGAAGUCUUUCGCUCUCGAGUUGGCUCCGGGUGCCAUCUCGGUCCCGUUGAGACCCGGAGCUGGGAUUUUCUUCGACACUGGCGACUUCGGCGAUGAUGUCCUGGGAGCGAAAAUCUCGAAGCUGAGGCUGCCCAAGGCUGGAGCAGUGGAAUCCAGUGAGGGCUUGGAAAAGGGAACAGUUGUUUUCGUGCGGCUGGAGUUCUUUGGCGAGACAGCGCGAGAACGCUUGAAGCGAUUAGGCUCGGAGGUAAAGCCUGGAGAUUACGUCUGGCGAAACAAAGACGAAGCAUUAGAGGAGCGGGCGAGGAUGAUCAAGCUGUCGCACCUGCCUGUCAGAGACGUGCCUGCUCCGCGACUCUCACCCGCUCGGACGCAGACACUGAAGCCUGGCUCCGCAAAGGUGGCGGAGAUUUUAAAUUCGCUGGUUUCUCCUCCGCUGCCACCAUGGGAGCAGCAGAAGUCAACAUCGUUCAUGCAGUCCGAGCUGCCCGUACCCCGCUUGACGGUUCUGUGCCGCAGCCCAGAACAAGCAGCUGCUGUACUGGCACUACCCAGGGGCUUGGUCUACGAGUUGCAGCUGGAUUUUUUGGAGGUGAACGGCCUGCAGGAGAGUGUUGAAGCUGCACGUGCUGCAUCGCAGCGCGUCGCCGUCUGCCUGCCGCGCAUCAUCAAGCCGAAUGAGGACCGCCUUUGGCAGUUCUACCGCCGCCUGGAAACCGAUGCUUUGAUAGUGCGGGGCAGCGGAGCUUUGUACCAACUCCUGGGCUUGGGAGACCAAGGCGAAGGCCGCCCCUACGAUGGCCCCGACGUCGUCGGUGACUUCAGUCUGAACGCUGCCAACACUGUGACUGCUGGCUUCUACUUGGGCUUGCCAGGCUUGGAGCGCCUCACGCCGACGCACGACCUCAGUGCGAUGCAGAUCUGCCAGAUGGCCAAACGCCUGGGCCCGGACAGAGCUGGCCGCCUGGAGGUCGUUGCGCAUCAGCACUUGCCCAUCUUUCACACGGAGCACUGCGUUUUUGCUCGCUUCCUGAGCAAAGGGAACGACUUCACAGACUGUGGCCAUCCUUGUGAGCGAUCCUCGCUGCACCUCCGGGACUCCAAUGGCAAGGACCACAAGGUCCUUGCAGACAUGGGCUGCCGAAACACAGUCUUCAACGCAAAGGCGCAGUCUGCAGCCAUGGACCUGGCAGCAUUCGCAGCUGCAGGGGUAGGCUUUCUGCGCUUGGAGUUGGUGGAUGAGCCCGCCGAGUCCGUUGCUAAUCUGGUGAAGCGUUAUCAUGCUGCGGCGCGUGGUCGACUCCCGGCCGACAAGCUUUGGGGCUUUGUGGCCCAGCUGACGGACUCGAACGGUCGAUGCCAAGGCGUGGAUCGAGGCAGCUUGGACGAUGCCAGUUGGCGCGAGAGGGACAAGUCCGAGAUGAAAGAGCGCUCUCAGGGCUUCGCGACGCAGUGCAAGCGCGCAUUGGACAAGUUGGGUGUCUUGGGUGUCCUGACAAUGAUGUCACCAGGUUCCGGACGGUCACAGGCCGCUUGCAACAGUGCCUUGGACAAGGCCAUCCGCAACGCGGUGGGCAGCCCCGCGCACGAGACAGGUGCGCAGGGGCUGCCCAAAGACGGUCUCUCGGUGAUGGGUUGCGGACCCACGUCCCCAAAGGGGACGCAAGCCGGACUCACUGGUAAUCUGGGUGGAUCACCGACUUCACGGACGCAAGGAUCACGGAAAGGACGGGAGACGGACUCGGAGGAGAUGUCGGCCAUGGGAUUGACUGUCCAGAGGAUGGAAACUGCCAAGGCCGCCGAGCAUGCCUCUGAGAUGGAGGAGCCUCAAGAACCUGAAGAGCCACAAGAAGGUGAAGAGGAGUUGCCAGCCGAAUUGGACGCCGAGUUCGACGUGGAUGAGGAAGAGCUCCUGUCCGAUGAUCAUCUGAAAAGCAUCCGCAAGUUGAUGUUCAUCCUGCGGCUGUGGAGCGGGAACAAAGCAUUCAAGAAUGGAUCGGGCGAGGAUUUGGAGGCCUCAAAGCCGCUUGCCGAUGCGGCAGAGGAGCGUGAGACGCCUGUGCAGCAGGUCUUCGACGUUGUAGCACGCGUGAAGGCUAGAUCUGGCGCCAUGCUCUGCAGUCAGCGCAGCUUUGAAAACCUCCUGGAAAUCCUCCAGAAAGUGGACAAGGCGGCAGGCGCCAAGAUCUACAAAAAGAUUCCACUCAGUAGAGUCAGGGAAGCUUUCAACGAGCAGAUCUCUUUGCAGAUCAGCCUUUCCAGCCGGUAUGGCCUCUCGGCCGCGGAAGCAUCGAAGGGCAUGGUCUUCGAGACGUUUCGAACUUGCAUGCACCGUCUCUUCUACCGGCCGCUGGAGACAGAAGAGGAGGUCAAGGAGCUGCUGAUCCAGUCGAAGGCCGCUUUCUAA